AUGAUUUACAUCACAUGGAUACCCUCUUGGAUGCAAAUUGCUUUUGUGUCUGUGUAUCUGACGAACACAAAUAACACCAUCACCUUUGUUACCACCGCAGCACACAACGAUGACCGUAUUCGGAGCGUUACGGAUACGGUAAUGAUGUGUAUUCAGGCUGAGAGCAGGUUUCUCACGCGUAAUGAUGACCGUCUGCGCGUCCCGUCCGAUAAUUGA